CAGUAGAAUCUCCGGAGGGGAGGGCGGAAGUGAAAGGGGAAAUGUAACCUAAGGACGCUUCUUGGCGAGUGGAGGGGUUACUGCAAUAAUGAGGGACUUGUACUCCAGCUCUCAUCAGCCUCAGCGUGCCUGGCCAAUGGUCAGAAAUAAUGGGAACUGGAUAACCUUUAACUCAAUUUUGCUUUCCCCCGUGUUGUGGCCGUUUUUCUGCUUUUGCCAAAGAGAUGAAGAAAGGAGAAAAAUACUUCUAUAGUGGGUCAGGAGCGUUUUGCUGCUCUACUCUUAUCUCUGUGGUGCCCUGAUCCAUUGGCCUAGCAUUGAAGGAAAGGGGUCUGAGGCGCGCACUACUGCACCAUCCCGCUCCUUCCCCUUUAGGCACCUAUCUCUUUAGGGGCGCGGGGGAAACAGGUCGAUUCUUUCGGCGCGCAUGCGCCUCUCCUUUUCCCCUUUCUCUCCCGCUGCCGCCCUUAAGAAAGCUGGCGCCCGAGGUAACCGCCAGCGAUACUAGCGACUGGUUCGGAUGACGCGAAAGAGGUGCGCCGCUCGAUGAGGCGAGCGCAGGGCCACAGCUUGGCACGGGAGAACUUCUGGAGUGACAGGGUUGUGCAGUGACUAGUGCGUUAGACUUGGGACGUUCAAAUUUUCUCUUGAAUAACUAAGGUCAUUGGGAGGUCUUGGGUAUAUCGCUGUCAGCUGAAUCUCCUCAGUCUGUAUGGGAAUGGGAUACAAAACUUAAGAUCCUUAUUUUAGACACCUGGAAGCUGAUGUCCUUUCAAAUAUGUCAAGACUGGCUGCAUAGCUUGUUGUUGGGAUGCUUUAGGAAGAGACUCUCAAGGCAGAUGGUGUGAAACUGCUUUUCUGGACUGGGUUUCUGGAAGUACUUCUAGCCUGACUGGAGACGUGACUGCUGCCAUGGAUCAGAACAACAGUUUGCCGCCCUAUGCCCAGGGUUUAGCAUCCCCUCAGGGUGCAAUGACUCCUGGCAUCCCUAUUUUUAGUCCUAUGAUGCCUUAUGGCACAGGGCUCACACCCCAACCUGUUCAAAGCACCAACAGUUUAUCUAUUCUGGAAGAACAACAGAGGCAGCAACAGCAAGCAGCCGCACAGCAGUCCACAUCACAACCAACACAAGGAGCAUCUGGUCAAACGCCACAGCUCUUUCACUCACAGACACUUACCACAGCUCCUUUACCAGGAACCACACCUUUCUACCCCUCUCCAAUGAACCCCAUGACCCCAAAAACGCCUGCAACACCUGCCUCUGAAAGCUCUGGAAUUGUUCCACAGCUACAGAAUAUUGUGUCUACAGUAAAUCUUGGUUGCAAGCUUGACCUAAAAACCAUUGCCCUUCGUGCUCGAAAUGCUGAAUACAAUCCCAAGCGUUUUGCUGCUGUAAUCAUGAGAAUAAGAGAGCCGCGUACCACUGCCCUCAUAUUCAGCUCUGGGAAAAUGGUGUGUACAGGGGCUAAGAGUGAGGAGCAGUCCCGGUUAGCUGCCAGAAAGUAUGCCAGAGUUGUGCAAAAGUUGGGUUUUCCAGCCAAAUUCUUGGAUUUUAAGAUUCAGAAUAUGGUGGGCAGUUGUGAUGUAAAAUUCCCUAUCAGGCUUGAAGGGCUGGUACUCACACACCAACAGUUUAGCAGUUACGAGCCAGAGUUGUUUCCUGGUUUAAUUUACAGAAUGAUCAAGCCAAGAAUUGUCCUGCUUAUAUUUGUUUCUGGGAAGGUAGUUUUAACUGGUGCAAAAGUCAGAGCCGAAAUUUAUGAAGCAUUUGAAAAUAUAUAUCCUAUUUUAAAAGGAUUCAGAAAGACAACGUAACAGUUUCUCAUGCUUAUUCCAGAAACUGGGGCACUUUUUAAAAGUUAACUGAUUAUGGCACAGCAGUGAAAGGAGAGACUCGCAAACUGCAACGUUAGGACUUGGAAUAUUUUUCCCAGUUAGUGCCUAAUUUCCUGAUUUUCACGGGAAGGGUGUGUGUUAUGUCUAUACUGAGUUACUGUGAGUUGCUUCAUUGGGCUCUCCUUGGAGAAACAACUCUUAUUUAUAUUUCAAGUUUUUAAACAGUUUUAAUAUCUAAUCUUUUUAUUUGAAAAUCUUAUGCUGGCUAAUUGGUUAAACCUGUUAUCCAACAUUUAACACAGUUUUGUUGCAGUAUUCUUUCAGCCAUGGAUUUUAUAACCAGAAAUUUUAAUUCUACAUUUUUAGACCAUCUUUCACAUUCCGUUUGCAGUAUUCAAUAGGACAGAAAAUUGCUAAUGAAAACUGAUGGCUGUAUAUAUUCCUCAUUUUGGGAAGCAAUCUUUGAGUUCUAAAUGUAUAAUAAGUGCUGCUUAUAAAAUUUGGGGAAUUUGAAGAGUAAAACCUGUGUUCAACCUGAUUGGCUUCUGCUGCUGUGUUAAUGUGCUAAAUGCAUGCUUGUAGCUUUAAAUGUAUUGAUUUUUAUAAGAUUUCUUAACACUCCAGUAUUAAAGCAAUGUGUUUUGCCAUUUAAA